UUAACUGUCGCCAGUGCCACUCGUGUUGUCAAAAUUAAAUGUUUACGAUGAGCGUUAUCAACAUUGUUUUACGUUUAUUUAACCACCAUAAAUCGUUUUAGUUAGUCGGUGAGAUGUCGGGGUUCAGCUCAGAGCUCAUUGACUACCUGGAGGGAAGGAUUUCAUUCGAGGAGUUUGAAAUACAGAGAGAGGAACGAAAAGCUAAAUUGAAGGUAUCGAACGAGGGGCGUUCAGAGGAAGAGAUUGGACCAGAUGACACACUCCCCAGCACUUCCCACGGCCGCAGUCCGAGAAAAUGUUCAAAAAAACGUCCCGCAGCGGAUCCAGAGGAAGGAGUCAGCCCCUCUGUCCAGAAGGCCUUUGCCUCGAUGAUGGGGGAGGGAACAGAGGCUGAACAGACUGAGGAAGAGGAGGAUGAAGAAGAAGACAACGAUGAUGAUUAUGAAGAAGAAGAAGAGGAGGAGGAUGAUGAGGAGGAGAGGAAGGUUGAAGUUAAAGGAGAGGAGGAGGGCCCCUCGGCUGGGGAUGUCUUCGCCCUGGAAAUGGAGCUUAACCGAGAGAACAAGAAGAUGAUGAAGGAGAAACGUAACCGCAGCAAGCUGCCCCGGGCCCUGAGGGGCCUCAUGGGAGAAGCCAACAUCCGUUACGCCCGUGGAGACAAGGAGGACGCCGUCCUGAUGUGUAUGGAGAUCAUCAGACAGGCCCCCCUGGCCUACGAGCCCUUCUCCACCCUGGCUAUGAUCUAUGAAGACCAGGGGGACAUGGAGAAGUCUCUACAGUUCGGCCUGAUCGCUGCCCAUCUCAACCCCAGCGACUGUGAGGAGUGGGUCAAGCUGGCCGACAUGUCUCUGGAGCAGGACAACAUCAGGCAGGCCAUCAUCUGCUACACCAAAGCCAUUAAGUAUGACCCCAGUAAUGUGCACUACCUGUGGGAGCGUUCCAGCCUGUAUGAGCAGGUGGGGGAACACAAGCAGUCCAUGGACGGGUACCGCCGUAUCCUCAACCUACUGCCCCCUACUGACGGAGAGCACUUCAUGCAGCUGUCGCGAGACAUGGCCAAAAGCUACUAUGAGAGUAGUGACCUGCUGUCAGCCAUGGGGGUGAUGGAGGAGGCCCUGAGGAGACACCCAGAGCUGGUGACAGACGAGAGCAUCAACAUGGCCGCUGAGCUCUACAUAGCCAACCACCAGCACGGCAAGGCCCUUCAGGUUCUAGUCCAGUUCUGUGGGAUCGUCCUGGAGAGAGGAGAACCUAAACCAGACCUUAAGAUGGAAGCAGAGGAGGAGAACCAAGAGCAGGAGGAGGAGAUGAAAACACAGACAACAGAGGAGUCUAGAGGGGAGGUUAGAAAGGUGCUAGUUCCAGAUAAUGUACCAGUGGACAUCAGAGUGAAACUCAUGGUCUGUCUGAUCCACCAGCAUGUCUACAGACCUCUGGAUUCCAUGUUGACGUCUCUGAUGGAGCAGUGCCCAGAGGAGCUGGGUGAUCUGUACCUGGACGUGGCUGAGGCCUUCCUGGACGAGGGAGAGUACAACUCAGCCCUGCCUCUCCUCUCUGCCCUGGUCUGCUCUGAGAGAUACAACCUGGCUGUUGUCUGGCUCCGACAUGCUGAGUGUCUGAAGGCACUGGGCCACAUGGAGAUAGCAGUGAAGAGUUACAUUAAGGUGGUAGAGAUGGCUCCUCUUCACCUGGAGGCCAGGCUGUCUCUGUCCACUCUGCAGCAGCAGCUGGGUCGACCUCUCUGCGCCCUCAAGGCCCUGGAGCCCAUGUACGACCCAGACACACUGGCACAGGACGCCUCCGCAGCACAGCAGGAGUUGAAGCUGCUGCUGCACCGCUCUACUCUCCUGCGUUCCCAAGGCCGACUAGAUGACUACCUGGAUACCAUGCUCACCAUGCUGGCUAUGUUGCUGAAGGUGGCUAUGACACGGGCCCAGGUGUGUGUCAGAGCCAGCAGGUGGUCUGGGGUCAGACACCUGCGUCUGGUCAAGGUGUCCAAGGACAUGGUGUCAGACAUCGAUGACCAGGAGGCUGCCUACCAGGACAUCAGUGGUAAGACCAGUGUGUUGUCUCGUGAGGACUGGUGGCUUCUGUUGGUGAGGUGUGUGGAAACGCUGUGUGAGGUGAAGCGUUUUAAAGAGGCAGAGCUGCUGGUGGACUCUUCUCUGGAGUUCUACUCCUUCUAUGACGUCAAGGUGAAGAGGAAAGAGCUGGAGUUCUUUGGUCUGUCGGCUGCUUUCCUGGACCAUAACUACCGCAAGGCCUACGACUACAUCAGGCUGACGCUGAUGGAGAAGAAGGAGUGGCCCAUGCUGUGGAACAUAUUCAACCAGGUGACCCUUCACUCCCAGGAUGUGCGUCACCAUCGGUUCUGUCUGCGUCUGAUGAUGAAGAACCCGGACAACCACGCCCUGUGUGUGCUCAGUGGACACAACGCACUGGUGUCUGGCAGCUUUAAACACGCACUCGGUCAGUAUAUUCAGGCGUUCAGGGCUAAGCCAGAUGAACCUCUGUACAGUCUGUGUGUUGGCCUCACCUUCUUCCACAUGGCGUCUCAGAAGUUUGUGGUUAAACGCCACCCACUGAUACUGCAGGGCUUCUCGUUUCUGUGGCGUUACGUGGAGCAGCGCGGGCACUGCCAGGAGAGCAUGUACAACCUGGGACGGGCCCUACAGCAGAUGGGCCUCGUACACCUCUCCAUUCACUAUUACCACAAGGCUCUCAGCUUCCCUCCUCCUACACUAGAGGGUAUUGAGGCUGACCAGGUAGACCUGCGUAGAGAGAUAGCCUUCAACCUGUCAAUCAUCUACCAGGCCAGUGGAAACACUGAGAUGGUACGACACCUCAUCAACACGUACUGCACUGUAUAAUGGCCUUUCAGGUCCUCCUAUACUGCUCUGUAUAAUGGCCUAUCAGGUCCUCCUAUACUGCUCUGUAUAAUGGCCUGUCAGGUCCUCCUAUACUGCACUGUAUAAUGGCCUGUCAGGUCCUCCUAUACUGCUCUGUAUAAUGGCCUAUCAGGUCCUCCUAUACUGCACUGUAUAAUGGCCUGUCAGGUCCUCCUAUACUGCUCUGUAUAAUGGCCUGUCAGGUCCUCCUAUACUGCACUGUAUAAUGGCCUGUCAGGUCCUCCUAUACUGCUCUGUAUAAUGGCCUGUCAGGUCCUCCUAUACUGCUCUGUAUAAUGGCCUGUCAGGUCCUCCUAUACUGCACUGUAUAAUGGCCUGUCAGGUCCUCCUAUACUGCUCUGUAUAAUGGCCUGUCAGGUCCUCCUGUACUGCACUGUAUAAUGGCCUGUCAGGUCCUCCUAUACUGCUCUGUAUAAUGGCCUGUCAGGUCCUCCUAUACUGCACUGUAUAAUGGCCUGUCAGGUCCUCCUAUACUGCUCUGUAUAAUGGCCUGUCAGGUCCUCCUAUACUGCUCUGUAUAAUGGCCUGUCAGGUCCUCCUGUACUGCACUGUAUAAUGGCCUAUCAGGUCCUCCUGUACUGCACUGUAUAAUGGCCUGUCAGGUCCUCCUAUACUGCUCUGUAUAAUGGCCUGUCAGGUCCUCCUAUACUGCUCUGUAUAAUGGCCUGUCAGGUCCUCCUAUACUGCUCUGUAUAAUGGCCUGUCAGGUCCUCCUAUACUGCUCUGUAUAAUGGCCUGUCAGGUCCUCCUAUACUGCACUGUAUAAUGGCCUAUCAGGUCCUCCUAUACUGCACUAUAUAAUGGCCUGUCAGGUCCUCCUAUACUGCUCUGUAUAAUGGCCUAUCAGGUCCUAUAUGAUGUGUAUUAUGAGACAGAAUUGAUGGUAUAAGAUGCAGUGUUUCCCAAAAUAUUUUUUUCAGCAGCAGUGGCAAAGUUAGUGUAGUGGGUGUGGCCAAUGGCGUGGUCUCCGACCGAAAAUUAGCAGAGACAUUUUGGUGUUUUAAAGCUAGUUUCCUGCAAUUCUACACAUUUUGUCAUGGGGCUUAGAGAAAAAUGUUCCGUUUAAAAACGCGUUUCCUGCAAUUCUACACAUUUUGUCAUGGGGCUUAGAGAAAUGUUCCGUUUAAAAACGCGUUUCCUGCAAUUCUACACAUUUUGUCAUGGGGCUUAGAGAAAAAUGUUCCGUUUAAAAACGCCUUUCCUGCAAUUCUACACAUUUUGUCAUGGGGCUUAGAGAAAAAUGUUCCGUUUAAAAACGCGUUUCCUGCAAUUCUACACAUUAUGCCGUGGCUUAUGCCGUGUUCUUAUGCUAUCUGAGUGACUCAAACAUUAUAACUAAAUCAAUGAGGGCCCCAUGGCAUGAUAUUUUGGGAAUUGUUGAUUCUCCCUGACUGUCUAGUUUUUAUUUUUGUGAUUUUUUUUGGUUCACAAAGAUGAUCUUAUUUAAAAAAUAUAUAGCUCCAUGAGCUUUUCUACAUAUUUAAAUAAUGUUUUUUUAGGAGUAGCAGCAAAAUCAUAUUUUUGGGAGUGGCAGCAAUGAAACACUGAUGUCCUGACCUAUACCAUAGAAAUACUACUAGACUGUAUGAUGUAUAGGAAGUCAUAUAUACCAUAGGAAUACUAGAUGUAGCCUACAUCUACACAUCUCCAGGGGUCAGAUUGAAAAACACCCUAGUCAGUUACUCCCUGUUCCACAGGCUUGCUUAAACAGUAGUCUACUGAUGUAAAAAUGUAAACAUGUUUUGUAUAUAUUUUUGACAAUAACGCCGUAUGUUUACUGUGAAUUGUGUACAUACAUUUUGUUGAAAAAUAUAUUGGAAUACACUGAAAUAAAAAUGAGUUUAUUAA